CCGAUUCAUUAUGUACAGUUUUGACUUUUUGACUAAUUUUUGUUACUAAAUGCCGAUAGGAAUGUGACACCAAGACCCCUCCCCUCGUUCUCCAAAGUUGGCUGUUUCUUUCCGCCGCUCUCUCAGCCUAAAACCAGUGCUAUCCUGCGCCUUCCGACUUUGUCUGCCGACUGGUCACUGCUCGCCGGCCGCCGCUCCAGUCCUCGUCAUUUUUUCCGGUCAGAUAUCUUUGAUAUACGGAGAACACCAUUAAUUUCAAGCGAUUGGGUUGUUAAAUUAGUUUACAUGUGUUUGAUUAAAUUCCUGACAUACUAGGCUACUAAUUACAGGUAAAGACGUGAUGAUGUUCUUGAUACAAUUUUUUUUAUAUGUAUUUAUACAUUGAUAGAAGUUUAGUUUCUCUUAUUUUUUGCAGUAUCUAAUAGUUAAUAGUAUGAUCUUCCAUCUUCAUUCAUUCAUUCCAUCUCUCUAUCACAGUAGGCUGUUUUCACUUCCUCGGUUGGAAUCAUCCCUCCAUGGCAGAAAAUGAAGCUUCAAAUUCGGUAAAAGACCGUGCUUCAAGCGAGCUGAGCUCGAUUACGAAUGUCAAACGCUUGCAUUUCUGGCUUCUACUAUCCCUGAAUGUGGUGUUCCUCUUGGUUGGUCAGGCUGCUGCUAUCAUUCUUGGGAGAAUUUACUAUGACAAAGGCGGGAACAGUACAUGGUUGGCCACAAUUAUUCAGACAGCUGGGUUUCCUGUGCUUUUAAUCCCUUAUUUUCUUAUUCCAUCUCCCAAACAACACUCGGCUGAUUCAUCAAACCACCCCAAACCUCCACCAUCCGCCAUCAAGGUUGCUAUGACCUACCUCUUGCUUGGUGCCCUCAUUGCCGGGGACAACAUGCUAUAUUCCAUUUCACUUUUGUACCUAUCCGCCUCAACUUAUUCCCUUAUUUGUGCAACACAACUAGUCUUCAAUGCCAUUUUCUCAUUUUUCAUCAAUGGCCAAAAAUUCACAGUGUUUAUUUUUAACUCUGUGAUUGUCCUCUCGUUAGCUGCGAGUAUGCUUGCCAUUGACGAGGACUCCGAUAAACCUUUGGGCGUAACUAGGGGGAAAUAUAUAUUUGGAAUUAUUGCUGCUAUCAUAGCCUCUGCGUUGUACUCCCUCACACUCUCCUUGAUGCAGCUUUCGUUUCAGAAAGUGAUAAAGAGAGAAACUUUCCGUGUGGUUCUUGAAAUGCAAAUAUUUACAUCACUGGUAGCCACGGCAGUCUCCACCGCUGGGCUUUUUGUGAGUGGAGAAUGGAGAACUUUGCCAGGAGAAAUGCACAGUUUCACUUCAGGAAAAGCUGCGUAUGUGCAGGUGUUAGUGUGGACAGGCGUGGGGUGGCAGAUAUGCGCGGUUGGUGUUGUGGGCUUGAUUUUUGUGGUGUCCUCACUCUUCUCAAAUGUUAUUAGUACUCUUUCUCUAGCUGUCACUCCUGCUGCUUCGGUGAUCAUCCUGCACGAUAAGAUGAGCGGUAUCAAAAUCAUUGCCUUGCUAAUGUCAAUGUGGGGUUUCACAACUUACAUAUAUCAGAAUUACCUGGAUGAUUUGAAGGAAAGGAAAUCACGCAUUGAUUCGAGUAAUAAUAAUGUUCCUAAUGAUACCCGUUGUUAAUCAUAGUUGGAUGCAUCAGACCUUUCACAAUAAAGGAUCAAGUUUCACAUAAGAUAAGCAAGUUACCUUUGACAAACAAAUUAUUUUUAUUGUCCUCCUUGAAGUGUAAAGUGUACCCUCCCAGCCCAGGCCAAGUAUGUGGAGUCCUUUGAUUUUGGAAGGAAUUCCUCCGUGCGUUAUUCAAGUUCACAUGACUUUGGUCCAUAUGAUUUAUUCAAAUUCGUUAUGUUAAGUGUGAUUGUUUUAUUUUGUUUUAUUUACUAAGUUAUAGAUUUAUGGUCUGACGUUUUUGCUAUUCAAGUCUUGGAAAUAAUAAAACAUAGAAGUCAUUUAGAUUUUA